ACCGGAAGUCUGACUUCGGCCAUUUCUGUCAUCCAUGGGAGCGUGAACAGUACGCGCAGCCAUGCAGAUUUUUGUAAAAACUUUGACGGGGAAGACCAUCACCCUAGAAGUAGAGCCUGCAGAUAAGAUCGAAAAUGUCAAGGCUAAAAUCCAGGAUAAGGAAGGCAUUCCCCCUGAUCAGCAGCGACUGAUCUUUGCUGGUAAGCAGUUGGAAGAUGGCCGCACCCUCUCCGACUACAACAUUCAGAAGGAGUCCACUCUUCACUUGGUCCUUAGGUUGAGAGGUGGUGCAAAGAAGCGCAAGAAGAAGAACUACACCACUCCUAAGAAGAUCAAACACAAGAAGAAGAAGGUCAAGCUUUCCGUUUUGAAAUUCUACAAGGUGGAUGAGAACGGAAAGAUCCACAGAUUGCGCCGUGAGUGCCCUGCUGAGCAGUGCGGUGCUGGAGUCUUCAUGGCUGCAAUGGAAGAUCGUCACUACUGUGGCAAGUGCGGCUACACCCUCGUCUUCAGCAGACCAGAGGGAGGACCUUCGGACAAGUGAAACCUCUUUUCUUUAUCUUAACUAUUAAACAGAGAAAAUCCAAA